UGUAGUCUAAAUCUAAAUCUGGUGGGGAUUAUUCUAGUCAAAAAAUGUCUUGUGGGUGAGAUUUAUAAAAUUAUGAUAAUUUCACAAGAUUAGAAAAAGUGAGAUGUUUUUGCCAGAUAUUUGAUAGAUUUUAUCAAAAAGUUUGUGUGACAAAGUUUGUGUGACAGUUGUUUCUUGUGAUGGUGGGGACAUUGAUAGUUUGUGCAAUUUUGGCGAGGGAGAAAUUGUUGGAAAAGUGAGAAAUAUUUUGGAAAUUGGUUAAAAUUUUGGGAAGUCAAAGUGGGUUUGUUUAAUUAAAUAAGUGAGAAAAUGAUGUGACCAGUAUAAAUUUGUGUUUGCUAAAAAUUGGAAAAAUUAUGGAAGCCAAACAAGUCCGGGAACAUUAAGAAAGCUGGAAAAAUAAGAAAAUUUCAAGAAAUUUGUAAAGCAUGGAGACACAAGAAACCUGGAAAAUCUGAAAAUUUCAGAGUUCUGGAAAGUGUAGAAAUUUAAAAACUGUGGUAAAUCUGGAAAAUAUGGAAAUCCAGUAACUUAAAAAUUAUGGGGACGCAAAUAAUUUUGAAAUCCAAAUCACCACCGAUAAGAUUUCCUCCGCUAAAUAAUUCCACUGCGAAAUUUUAAAUUCUAAAAUCAUGGUAUUUGCAAGCGGAAUAAUUCGUUCCGUGACGCAGUUACGGACAGUUUUGCAAUCCGUGCUCUUUGUCCCGUUCGCGUACAUUUUCUUCUUUAAUAUGAUCCCCAGUUUUUUGGUCGCAUGGGACAGUGCGACCAGACUUCAAGACAGAUUCAAUGAUAACUUCAGGGGGCGAGCGAACACGUACGACUUUAUCGUGGUCGGAGGAGGCACGGCCGGAUCGGUGGUGGCGAACAGAUUAUCAGAGCUUUAUUCCGUCCUUCUUAUCGAGUCUGGCGGUCCAGCCAACCCUUUAACUCUGAUUCCGGCGCUCACUUUGAAUUUGAUGAACCGUCCCCAAUCCGACUGGAGGUACAAGACUGUCCCGCAAUCUCGAGCUUGUCUAAAUUCAAUCAAUCAGGAAUGCCUGAUAUCUGCCGGAAUGGCGAUGGGUGGAUCCAGUACGUUGAACCACUUGGCCUUCCUCCGCGGUCAUCCCUCUGAUUUUGACGCUUGGGCGAGAAUCACUGGAGACCGAAGUUGGAGCUAUGACCAAGUUUUGCCAUUUUUUCGAAGGAGUGAAGAAUUCAUUGGAACUUCGACCGAUGCAUCUGCUCGAGGUCGAGAUGGUGAAUUGCGCAUCCGGGAGCCAGAUUAUCUGGGUCUUGGAUUAGAAUGGCUUCGCGCCGGGGUCGAAAUGGGAUAUCCUAGCGUUGACCUUAACGGCCAACAUGGACAAGGAUUCAGCAUCCUGCAAUAUCCACUUCGUCGUGGGAUGCGCCAAACAACUGACGCAGCCUUCAUCCUGCCAAUUCGGUUAAGUCCCAGGUUACGUGUACUGAGCCACACCCUUGCUACCCGGAUUCUUUUCCGGGACAUGACCAAUAUGGCGUAUGGCGUGGAAUACGAACGUUUCGGACGAACUGAGCUAGCAAUCGCGCGAAGGGAGGUGAUCAUUUCGGCGGGAGGGGUAGGAUCCCCGAAGCUCUUAAUGUUAUCUGGUGUCGGGCCAAGGACGCAUUUAGAGCAGAUGGGGAUCCCACUCCGCUCUGACGUUCCCGUCGGUCGAAACCUACAAGAUCACUUGGGCGUCCCGUUAGGCCCAUUUUUCUUCACGCCAUUAACCUCACCCGCAUCUGCGCGCUCGUUUCUACUCGAUCGUGACUUCACACCGACAAACAUCGUGUCCUGGAUCGUAUCGGGUCGUGGACCGCUAUCAACGAGCGGUCUGCAAGGCGCGGGCGCUAUUUCGUCCAUGCCAGCGCGUGCGCGGGGAGAGGCAAAUUGGCCCGACGUCCUACUUCUGUUACACGGCCAAGGGAUCCACUCCACGUAUGCAAACACGUUUGCGACUGCGCACUCGCUUCAGGAAGACGAGAUCACGACGUAUUACGACCCCACCUCCAACGCAGGCCGCGAUUCGUUUCAUAUUCGGAUCGUGGGUGCGCGUCCCACGUCGACGGGUUCGGUUCUUUUGGCGUCGACUAAUCCGCGCGACCCGCCAAUUAUAAAUCCUCGCUAUUUGGAUGACGCUGGUUCAGCGGAUAUUCGAAUUUUAACGGAAGGAAUCACCGCAGCAUUGAAUCUUGUCGAAAAUUCGACAACGUUCCGCACCCUGGGCGCAACUCUGGGUGGAACUUUGUUACCCGGGUGUGAAACUCAGACCCCGCGAAGUAUGGCGUACUGGACAUGUUACAUCCAACGCUUCUCGAUGAGCCAGCACGACCCUGUGGGGACUGCAGCGAUGGGUGCCGUGGUGGAUAGCGAUUUGAAAGUUCGCGGCACCCGCGGUCUCCGCGUUAUUGAUGCGUCCAUCAUGCCCACCAUCGUUUCCGUUCCGACACUCGCGACGACAAUUAUGAUCGCGGAAAAAGGAGCCGACUUCAUUUUACGGGAGCAUGGCGCAAAUUCAACCCAACUUCCAUCCAUUGGUGGCAUUGUGACAUCAGCCGUUUUUGGACGGAACGGCCUCCUUGUCCGGAACCCUAUCCAGCGCUUCCUCGCAUCCGAAUUCGACCGGAUGAACCCACUUCCUUCCUUAUUUCGAAUGCCGUUCAAUCGCACCGAUUUCAACCCGUUUUCCCGUUUUCUGGGUUUCUUUUUACCGGCCGGACAACAACAACCGGGCACUAACCCGGGACUAUUUUCCUCCAUUUUCGCCAUUUUAAAUCCAUCCACACUGUUGGCAAAUUUGCUAACCCCGCCGACCCCACCUCCACCAAGGGUCAGGCCACGACCUUUGCUAAAUAUUUUGCAACAGUUGGGAGGAAACGUGGGUGGCGCUGGUGGCGGGAAUCGCCCUUUCGCCACGAAUUCGACGACAAACAAUAAUUUAUUCGAUAUCAUCUUCCCUGUGAGAAAUAACACCAUCACGUUGCCCAAUCCCUUCCAAGACAUUUAUCGAAAUCAACAAUUAAACAGUAGAGAUAACAAUUUUAACAUUUUCGGGUCUCUAUUCGCCCCAAGAGCGACGACCCCCCGGCCACCCGUAGUGAAUAACGCGUCGCCUAAUCCCCUCUCAUUUUUACUCGGAGUGGGCCAGAACUUUCAAAGAAAUCCGGGUUUAGUGCAAUCAAUUUUAAACUCGGCGGGUCCUAGGGGACAAGUCACGCCAUCUCCGGGACGAGUAGUGACAUCCUUCAUACCGCAAUUAGCUUCAGGUUCGUCCCCACUUCCGGUCACGGCGGUUGGACCAAGUCCGAUUUUAUCAACGCCACCGACACGAUUCUGGAUAACCUUGCCGAGAACGUCGACCACGACGACACAAAUUCCUGUGACGACAACAUUGGCGCCUGCAACAACUCCUGGAUUGGUCGAAAUUCCACUUUUGUCCGGAGUAAAUGAGUCCAUCCCGUCCUUCACGGUGCCAAUUUUUCGUGUAAAUGUCGACACGACGGUGACGCCUGUUAUACCAGUCGCCACACCCACAACUGCGCCUGCGCCUUCCACAUCGACCACUCCACUGGCCCCAACUUCUGAAGAAGUGGGAACAAUACCCACAGAAAGUAGUGCUGCUAUCGAGGAUACCGAAGUAGUCACCAGCAUCCCGCCCAUCACGGUUGACAUCGUCGACCCCCCAGAAAACGUCAACGUAACGUCAGACGCCAACCCUUCUCCCGUCGUCGGCGAAACUGGGUCGGACAACGAUAUCGAUAAUCUCCGCACAAUUCGAUUCAUAAGUCACGAAGCGGACAAAAUUCGCCAAAUGAACCAAAAUUUCCACCACGGGAACGAGGUUCAUUACAACGACAACGACUUCGCCCCUGCCGCAGAAGACCCCACGCCGCACGACUUGCACCAUGAACCAGUCCCCUUGGAUUAUGAUUAUGAUGAAAUUGUGAAAGAUGCAAAUUAUAAGGUGGGAGGGAGGAAUAUAAAUAAUAAUAAUUUUGAAAAUUCUGGGAAUCCUUAUGAAAGUGUGGAUGUCGAUUAUGGGGAUGAUUUUAGCUCAAAUUUGUAUAAAUAAUAUGAUAAUGUAUAAAAUUGUGUAUUUCUCUUUAGAUAAAAUUGACUAUUUAAUUUUUGUUAAAAUUGUGUAUAUAUUUUGUUGGGAAAAUAUUUUAAAAAU